CCUAUAUCUUCACAUCUAUGAUUAGAAACACUUUUGUCUGUGAGAAGUAACGGAUGAAUCACAGAAUCAGUUUUCAACUCCCCCGCAGUCUCUAAAAUAGUUAACUACAAUCCAUUGACUCCAUCUUCUCUCUGCCUCUCCCCCCUCUUGCCUCACUCAUGUUUCGUCACAUUUUGUCGUACGAAUGUAGGAUAUUACAGGGAGAUAGAGAGAUGCAGCAGAUAGAUGGAUGAUGUGAGAGGAGGUUUAAAAGCAUUCCGUUUCACUCAGCUCUUUGCACAGAGCCACCCCUCCUCCAGCAGGGCUCUCUGAUUGGUGGGCUGCAAAAUUCCAGUUCUGACUUCAUGCAAGCCCCCUCCCCUCCCCUCCCCAGCCAGGUCUCCUUCGUGAAUGGGCUGAGAAACAAGCAGAAGCUGAGGAGAUACUGAGAGUGUUUCAUGAGAGUCAGCUCAAAGAGUGGAAAGAGCACCUUACUUUACACAGAAACAGAAGAAAGUAACCUUUCCUGUGUGAGUUUCAGCUGUGCAUGACAGCAAAGCAAACAGCUGCCAGCAGAAGGCUGAAGGAAUUCAUGGGAUUGUCCACUUUCUUUUAAGCUUCUGUUUCUCCAUCUGCUACCUCUGUUCUGGCUUAAAGAUUUGAAAAAACAAAAGGUGGAAUUAUUAUUCUAUUUGUUGGUGUUCUUACAUUCAAUAUAUAACAGUGCGGUGUGCUCAAGGCACCUCCCUCCCUCUUGAAGGAUUGUUUUGUUGUUCUCCUGCGGCGGGACCGUACAAAGCCGCCAAGACGCCGCGCGCCGUGCUCCGCGUGAAAAAUGCGCCGGCUAGAUUGGCAAAGCCGGCGCCAAACCCGGCACCAACGCCGGGCUUGUACAUGGAGCGCUCCCAGAGCCGGAUCAGUCUGUCGGCAUCCUUCGAAGCCCUCGCCAUCUACUUCCCCUGCAUGAACUCCUUCGAUGAGGACGACGUGGAUGCGGACGGCCGCAAGCUCCGAGGUGGUAUUCAGCGCAGCACAGAGACGGGACUCGCUGUGGAGAUGCCAAGCCGGACAGUCCGACAAGCGAGCCACGAGUCCAUCGAGGAAAGCAUGAACAGCUAUGGAUCAGAGGGAAAACUCGGAGUGUUUGGAGUAAACGGCUAUGGGAAUCUAGCCCAAGAACUCCCUAAAGGUCUCCAGGAGAGUGUGGAGUUUGAAGGUCAAGGCCUGAAUUACAGUGGGGUUUGCCUUGCGUCCGACACUCAGUUGAGUGACUUCCUGGAUGGAAUGGGCCCGGCACAGUUUGUUGGACGCCAGACAUUGGCUACGCCAUCAAUGGGGGACGUUGAAAUUGGAUUGAUGGAGAGAAAUGGCCAGCUGGAGGUGGAGAUUAUUCAGGCACGAGGUCUGACCCCCAAACCGGGCUCCAAAACAACACCAGCUGCAUAUAUUAAGGCAUACCUGCUGGAAAACGGUAUCUGUGUUGCAAAAAAGAAGACAAAGUGUGCUCGCAAAUCACGAGACCCCAUUUACAACCAGGUUCUCGUAUUCUCCGAAAGUCCUCAAGGGAAAGUCUUACAGGUGAUCGUCUGGGGGAACUACAGCCGCAUGGAACGCAAGUGUUUCCUGGGCGUGGUGCGUGUGCUGCUGGAGGAGCUGGAUUUGUCCAGCAUGCUCAUUGGCUGGUACAAGCUCUUCCCCACCUCCUCCAUGGUGGACCCCACCAUGGCGCCGCUAAUCCGGCACUCCUCGCAGCUCUCGCUCGAGAGCACUGUCGGCCCUUGCUGUGACAGGUCAUAACGGCGCAAGAGAAGCAGAACACUGCUUUUUAUAUGUGUUUCUAUCUUUCCGUGCUGGAGGCCCUGUUCCUUAGCACGCUGCAUGCUUGAUCAGAUUCUCCAGGACCCCAUUGCAAUGGGGGACAGCGCCACCUUCGGAGUAUGAAGGGAAGACAAAGACUAAUGGCCCCGGACUCUAAAACAAAGUAACUCAUACCGCCUCUCUGCAGUAGGGUGGUAACAGAGUCACGCGAUUUUAAUCUCCAGGUUCACUUUGCAGAGCUGAGCAUCUGAGUUGUUACCUCACAGCGCAGAUGCUGUUAAUGGGAGGGUUCAUAUCUGGAAAGUGGACAAUUCUUGUUAAUAAACGGGCGAAGAUGAAGAGUCUAUUAGAAGUUGAAAGGUAUAAUAUCAGGAAAUGUAUUUAAAUAGGAAAAAUAAGGUCACUAUUGUUUUGUUCUUAAUUAAUAUUUAUAAACGCGCCGCAAUGUUUAAAAUGUUAGAUACUGUACAUGUUUAUUGCAGUGCUUCAUCCAAAGCUUGGAAGAGCUUUCAAGAAAUCUUGUGCUUGUAAAGCCUGGCUAGUUCUUGAAGACUUGUACGGUACAACAGCAGCUUUCACUGCAUUGGAAUACCUGCCAAAUUACCAGUAAGUGUCAUUAACCUGUGACUGUUGCUGUUUCUGAGUGAAUGGAGGAGACUUCUUGAACUGACCACGAAGAAUACAAUAGAAAAAAGAAGGCAUAACCUUUUCUAGCGGUAGGAUCAAAACAAGAAAACAAUAAAUGGUGUUUCUUUGCAUCAGAACACUUAAUAUUUACACAGUGCUGAACACACAGUACCCUGCACAGUAAUAGCACAGGAGCACCUUUCUAUUAGAGACUAGCGUGCUGUCAGUGCAUUGCUGCUGUGUACUGUGCAACUGCAGAAUCCUGCAGUUUCACAUUUGCAUUUUAUUGUAUUUGCAUUUCUUUGUUUUAUCCUCAAUAAUAAGCCAGACAGCAAUUCAUUCUAACAACGAAAGCAAAGGUGACAGAGAAAGCAUGUGGCUACUUUUAUUGGACUAAUGAAAGGCGUAUUAAUAUUGAUUAAGGGUUAGGGUAAAUGAAUGUUAAAAACAAAGGGGCUGUCACUUGGGCACUUUGCAGCCUGGAAUGUUUUAAUUACCUGCACGUCUGCACUGAGCCAGGGUCUCUUCUUUCCACUCUCAGAUGGAAUGAGCAAUGCAGGCUUUGAGGUGCGGAUCUUGGUUAGGUAUGCACGAUUGUAGCACUAGUGUACAGCAUGAUAUAUUAUAUUGUAGUUUGAUGAGAAGUGCACAUGAAAUGCAUGACAGAGGUAGUUGUUUUUGGGGUGUGGGGAGAAUGGGGGUGUAACAUCAUUGGCAAUGCUGGAUCAACCGUUCACUUUUACAGAGUGAUCGGUGAGCAGCAGACCAGAAAGGUUUCUAAAACAAAACUAUCAGAUUGAAUGUGAGAAUGACUUUCAGAAAGUGGAGAGAAACCAAUGCAGUGUGCAUUACUGUGAACCACAAACUGAUAAAGACUACGAGAAGUGAUGCAUUAUAUAAUAAAGUAUAGGGAUCAUGGUUUCACAUAGUUUAAAAACACGCAGACACUCUUACAGUGGACAUGUACUCUGUGCUUGCACGCACACACACACACAUUCUUACAGUGGACAUGUACUCUCUUGCACG